ACUGGUGGGGAGGAGGAGUCAGGGGGAGGGGAGGACCCGAGGGGAUGGUAUAGGGUGGGUCUGGCACGAGGGAGGGGGCGGUCACUAACCUGAGGACAGAAGCACAGCAGAGCCUAGAAGAAGAGGAGAGUCACACUGGGGGAGGGGGAGCGCAACCUGAACCUUUACACCCCCCCCCCCCCCCCCCCCGUCAUCCACCCUGCCCAGGGCCGUCACACUUGGAUCCCUGCGUCCCUCUAUAGUCCCUGCGAGGUGGGUAUUAAUGAACACCUGCCUCACAGGUGGGGAUAAAGUCAGGAGAGCCAGGCCAAGUGGGCGGAGGGGGGUCUCCUUUAGCCCCGCAUGACGGAGGCACCCCUCCCACGGCCCCCCCACCCAGUCCUCACAGCCAGCUCCCUGGGCUGCGGCACAGCACUUGCCCUUCUGGGGCUGGACGGUGGGGCCGGCUCUGGAGUGUGUGUGUGUGUGUGUGUGUGGCCAACAGCCCCCCACAGGAAUGGUGGCCACUGUCACCAUCACUGCAGCAAGGCCCCCAGAGCGCCAAAGCCUGAUACCCAAGCUGGUUUGGGGCGGGGGAGGGGGCUCCUGCACGUUCAUAUCCCACGUGGUAGGUGCACCUGCCGAGGGCCAUGCCACACGAGCCCUUGAGGGUUCUCAGACAGCUGGGAGCCCUGCCCCGCACCCAGUUCUCAGGGUCGGAGCCCCCUCAGCCUUUCCGAAGGGCAGAGGUCCAAAGCACGAGCGGCUGGACCGUCCGCACCCCACCAGCAAGUUCCUGCUCCAGAGAUGGGCUGAGCGCCCGGGACCAGGAGGAAUGUGCCGGGUCAGCAGGCCAGCCCAGGAGGCGGGCUCAGGGGGCCUGGGAGCCGGGGGGGGGUCUGGAACAGACCCUGUGAGCCGCACCACUCCCAGGCCCCCCGAGUCCCCAGCGUACUCCUUUUCUGGCCACUGGGAGAAGUGCAGACCUGAGGAGCUUCCUGGAAGAGUGGGGUGCAGGAGGGACCCCAGCGAGAGGCGCCCACCACCUCAGCCUCUGGCUCCUAAUCCGUGUGAGGGAAAGUUCUGGUGGAGAUCCAACAUAAAUCCUCACACCCUCCUGGGUCCUGGGGGCCCUUAUCCUGGCGAGCUACUCCCUCGAGGCCCCCCAGACCAGCCCCUUCCCGGCAGGGUGGGAGUGUCCCACCCCUCUGCACUCAAGCUCAGACCGGAGGCUUUGCCCAGAAUGGAAACUCCCGAAGACCCGCCUGUGCUCCCACUCCGGACCCUCGCCCACCCCGCACUCACUCUGCAGAAGCAACAGUUCCCAGAGCAGGACUUGAGACCGCAGCUCCAUGGCGCCCGCCUGGCCCGCCUGCCUGGCUUUGUCUCACUUCUGCUCCAACUCUCCAGAAAAACAGCCCGGCCCCCUCCCCCUCCUUAGCACCCGCCAUGACAUCACGGAGCCCUGGGCCGGGUCGACAGUCUGCAGACCGCCCCCUCUGGCUCUAGCUGGCCCCUAGUCUUCCCCGAAUCCUGGUCUGGCCUGGUGGGGAGGGGUAGGAGCAUGGUCACUGUGUCCGACAAGGUGAGGGGAAUCCGAGCAGCCAUCCGGCCUGGGGAUGGCUCAGGCCCUGGGAGGAUGGGGGGGGCAGUAGCCCAGCCCUUAGAGGGGCAGGAGGGCUGAGGGCAUGGCCCUAAUGCUGUGGGGGCGGCUGUGACAUAAGAGGCCCUUCUGGGGCUGCUGCAGAGCUGGGGUUCUGGGGCAUACUUCACCUCCCUUCCACCUCUGUAGGCGGACCCUGGCCCAGGGGGUUCCCCUACAUGGACAGCCUGGCCGUCCCCUCCGCGCCUGCUGUGUCGUUCCAGGCAUCCUGGAGCUUGGGGACCCCCAAGGAGCCCCAGCUACCAGACCCACAGCUCUUCCCCUUAGCCUCCCGGGGGGUGGGGGCGCUGCACAUAUUCACCCGUAAACCGAAGAGAACAGGAACACCAGCCCAGGAGCUUCAGGACAGCACAGUGGGCCCUGCUCUUGGUCAGUCAUCUCUACCACCCAGAGGAGCCUGCCAGGGCAUGAGGGUGGGGACCCUGAGCACUGAGCGCCCAGCGUUUGAGCAGCCCCUCCCCCCUGGCCUGGACACCCCCUGCCCCCCCCCCCAUCUGCCCACCAUCAUGGGCAGAUCUUGGUGUCCCUGAAACCAAACCCUGGCGAAGAUGCUCCCUGGAGCACUUCCUCCUUGCCCAGAGUGUGGGGGGGGGGGGGUGGUGGUGGUGCUGGGAGCCUGCCCCCCGGAAAGCACAAAUUUGAAGCUCUGGGAAAAAUUACCAAGUAACGUAAACAAAUGCAAAAUAACAGAGCACACACUGUGUACCAAACCCACUCUUUCUAGUUAAGCAAACCUCAAAAAGGAAAAAAAGGAAGAAAAAAUCCAAACAACCGCAAAAACUCCACAGUGCAUUUUUUAGACUGCCCAUUUGAAUAGAAUUAUGGUCACGGGCAUCAGUUCCUGGUGGCUGGCAUCUCACCCUUGAACCCUGUCCUGGUCCCCAAGUCCUCAGAGUAGCAAGAAACCCAGCCCAACCAGACUCUUAGGCUCCAGGUCAGCGGGGGAGACUGCCACUGCCAUGGAGGGAGUGAGGGCUACGACAAGGGGGACCAGCCACGAGGGUGUGAAGAGGGCCCCCCCAACCCAGACCUAAUGAACCCAUUUCCUCAGCAAGACCCAGGCCCUGGGGGGGGGGGGGAUGUUGGAGCCCCUUUUCCAAACUGGAAUCAGAGCUUGUCCUGGCCCCAGCCCCUCCCUGGGCCUUUCAUUCUGGAAAAACAAGCCCGCCUGGCUGGCCUCGAGGCCUGGCCUCUCCUCCUGUUUUUUUAACUGGUUUAUAUUAGUUGGUGACCUCCCUUCUCUGGGCCCCGCCCAUGUCUCUCCAUCUCUGUCCCCCAUUCCCGCCUCUGUCUGCCGGGCUGCCUCUCCCCCACGGAGGGAAGAUGUCCAGGCAGUGCUGGAGGGAGACAGAAAUGGCCCAGGGCUGGUCCCUCUGUCUGGGAGGGGACAAGGGGGUAGGGGGCAGCUCCAGCCCUGAGCCGGGAGCCUGUGGGCGCCCUCCUGUUCCCAACAGGUUCCCUGGCCUCAGGCCCUGCACACUGAGGUCCAGCGGGGCCCUCGAGGUCUGGACUCAGCCCUCAGCUCGGCCCAAGUGUAGAAGUCUGAGGGGGCCGCCCCUGGGGGGAAGCUGACCCCCCACGCACCCUGGGCAAGAAGGGACAGAGGCAGUGGAGGGCUGCAAACCCCUUUCCCUGCCCUCUCUGCUUGAGGCCAGCAAAACCAAAGUGAGGGGCAAAGGGCCGCUGCCCACCCCUCCACCCCCGCUCUUGGCAGGAAAUAGCCACAGAUGAGAGCAGAGAGCCAGCAGGCCACGUGCCCCUCCCCCAGCAGAGGCUUGAGGCCUCCUGCUCCUUCACGAGUGCCUGUGGGUUGUUCAUUUCCCGGUGUCGCCCGCACUCCGUUUUCCCUUGGGAAGGGAACCGACCAGGACAAAACAAACCCACGGACAUCACCUUGGUCCCACCCUGAACUCUGGCCAAUCCCCCAGCCAGCCCAGAGGCCCAGACCCACCGCCCCUCUCCUCGGAGGCGUGGCUGGACGAGGCCGGGGUCAGUCACUCGGCCUGACAGACUCAGCUUCUGCCUCUUCCUCCCGAGGACUCAGACAUUCCAGGCAGCCAGGCUCACUGGGAGGAGAAACCACAGGCACUCAGAGACGCCACCAGCCACAACCAGACACAGAGACACGUGCUCACACCCACCAAUAAUGUCACGCAACAAAUAUUUGCUGAGCGCCUACUGUGUGCCAGGGCACUGCGAGUUGCUGGAGGGAGGCAGACGGACGGCAGGUCCACCCACUGACAAAUAAGGUUGUUUUCAUCUCUGGGGGAAGUGCUGUCUGGAGACAAAAACGGGGCAGGGUCUUCCUCCGUGGGACUGACUGGGAUGGCCUCUGAUGGAGGGACACCCACAGAAAAAUCCGUGUCGGAUUUGCAGUUGGCAGCAGGGAAGUAUGAGGAGAGCAGGAAGCAUCGCAGCUGACGGGGCGGCCGGCGCAUCCGAAGGUCAGAGAGCGGAGCCCGUCUUCAGCUGUAACAUACCUUCCAAGGAUUUGAUCGACAAUCACUCUGAGAGCAAGAACCCAUGACGAGCUUGGAGGGCACGAGAAACUGCCAGGGGCUUUCUGCUCACCUCACGGGGUCCUAAUUGUCACUGACGGGCAAGGGCACCAAAACACGCUUACCGUGCGGGUCCUACCCGUGGGCGUGAACAUGCGACGUUGCUCAAACGUAGCAAUAAUGAUGGCAUUCCUUUUUUUUUU